AUGCGUGUGAAGAGGGCUGCCCAUGGGGGCUCCGGGCAGCCAGCAGGGCCCUGUGUACACAAACGUCGACACCCUCAGUGCCUCCUGAGUGGGCUUUACGGGUUUCACUCGACAGAAAGCACCUCUUCCGGUCCCGGCACGGAGCAGGUGCUCGUAAAUGAGAGCAAACACGAGUUUAGCGACCUGCUUUGCUCCAGCUACUGUCCCAGGUGUUUUACAUCAUAUGACCUCAUUCUAUUUUCACAACCCCCUUUAUCAGGCAGAUACUAUUAUUCUCUCCAUUCUACAGAUGAGGAAACCGAGGCCCAGGAGGUUAGUAAGUCACCCACGACCAUAGACUGGGGUGGGUUGCGACAAGGACCGGAAAGGGAAAGUGAUGAAGCUGGAGCCCCAGAAGAACCGGAAAAGAGGCCAGUCCAUCAAGCAGACAUGAAUGAAGAAAGUCCAUCAUUACAGGUUCCAUCCAGCCAUGUGACACUCCUGGUCCCAGCACACACCCCGGAGGCCUUUGUCCAUGAGGUCAGCAACGUUCAACACAUACCUGCGGAGCGGUCUGAAGUCCUACAGGCCAUGGACACACUCCCACCUGAGCAGGGCAGUGACACCCUCAGCUCCCCAGCCCAAACUAUCCCCCACAAGCAGGCUGACACCCCCAAUUCCCCAACCCAAAACAUCCUGCCCAAGCAGGGUGACUUUCUCAGUUCCUCAGCAAAACCCAUCCCACCCGAGCAGGCUGAUGCCCCCAGUUUCCCAGAAAAGAUCAUCCUGCCAAACGAGGGUGGCAUUCUCAAUUCCCCAGAAAAAACCAUUCUGCCCAAUCAGGCUGGCACCCCCAAUUCCUCAACCCAAACCGUUUCACCAAAGCAGGGUGACACUCCCAAGUCCCCAGAAAAAACCAUCCCGCCAAAAGAGGGUGAAAUUCUCAAUUCCCCCCUCAAAACCAUUCUGCGCAAGCAGGGCAACACCCUCAAGCUCUCAGCCAAAACCAUUCUGCCCAAGGAGGGUGACACCCCCAAGUCCUUAGAAGACACCAUCCAGCCAAUAGAAGUCAACCUGCAGUCAGCAGAUGAAGCCAUGGAGGUCCUGGAGGAGGACCUGGUGAAGGUGAUCCUGAGCAAGGAAGACUUCGAGGUGGUGCUGAAGGAAGCUGGGGAGAGACUGGUGGCUGUGGACUUCUCGGCCACGUGGUGCAGGCCUUGCAGGUCAAUCAAGCCCCUUUUCCAGUCCCUGUGCAUGAAGCACAAGGGUGUGGUGUUCCUGGAAGUGGGCGCUGACGAGUGUGAGGGGCUGGCGAAAGACUGCAAUAUCGUUUGCAUCCCAACCUUUCAGUUUUAUAAAAAAGAAGAAAAGGUGGGCGAAGUUUCUGGUGCCCUUAAGGAAAAACUCGAGACACUCAUUACAGCAUUAAAGUGA